AAACAGCAAUUACAGAGAGGAGGUCAGGACGAACGGCUGAUAAUCUGAUCAGUGACAAAAGUCUCCUCACAUAGGUAACAUGUCUGCUGCACGCUCCCGAGCCUUCCACCUUUUGAAGUCCAUUUCAUCGGCUACGUGCCAGUGCCCAGCCCACUCAGCAGGAUGGACACCCCACUCCACCAAGGCUGCCAAGACCACAGACUACGCAUUCGAGAUGGCGUGCUCGACAGUCCGCUAUGGGCCCCGGGUGACACAGGAGAUUGGCCAGGACGUUGGGGUGCUGGGGGCCAAGAAGGUGCUGGUCAUGACAGAUGCAACACUCGCCACAAUGAGACCAGUGGCGGCUGUGCUGGAGUCCCUCACACAACACAAAGUGGAGUUUUCGGUGUACGACUCUGUGCGUGUGGAGCCGACGGAUUCUAGUUUCAAGGACGCAGCAAACUUUGCCAAGGCAGGAGGUUUUGACGCCUACAUCGCGGUUGGAGGCGGCUCAGUCAUUGACACUUGCAAGGCUGCCAACCUGUAUGCGUCAGAUCCAGAGGCAGACUUCCUGGACUAUGUGAAUCCCCCCAUUGGGAAGGGAAAGCCUGUUACAGUCAAGUUGGCGCCCCUGAUUGCUGUGCCCACAACAGCCGGGACAGGCAGCGAGACAACAGGAGUAGCAAUCUUUGACUAUGAACCUCUGAAAGCCAAGACUGGGAUAGCUAACAGGGCACUGAGGCCAACGCUGGGCAUUAUCGACCCCCUGCACACACUUCUGAUGCCUGAGAGAGUGACAGCAUACAGUGGCUUUGAUGUUCUUUGCCAUGCCCUCGAGUCUUUCACUGCUAUUCCCUACCAGCAGCGGUCCCCUCGGCCCGAGCACCCACUCCUGCGGCCGGCUUACCAGGGCUCCAAUCCUAUCUCAGAUGUGUGGGCCAGACAUGCAUUGGGUAUCAUUAGGGAUUACUUCAAGAGGUCAGUGUACAACCAGGAUGACGUGGAGGCCAGGUCACAGAUGCACCUAGCCAGUACCUUUGCUGGUGUUGGGUUUGGCAACGCUGGGGUGCACCUGUGUCACGGCCUGUCUUAUCCCAUUGCUGGCGGUGUGAAGGACUACAGGGCAAAGGAAUAUAAGUGCAACCACUCGCUGAUCCCACACGGCCUGUCUGUGGUGAUGACUGCCCCAGCUGUCUUCACCUUCACGGCUCCCUUCUGCCCCGAGAGACACCUGGAGGCCGCGACACUGCUGGGACACGACACCACAAAUGUCAGGAAGGAGGAUGCCGGACUGGUGCUGGCUGACGUUUUGCGCAAGUACAUGUCGGAUAUGAAGAUAGAUGAUGGACUAGAGGCUCUUGGCUUUACCACAGACGAUAUUCCUGCUCUGGUGAAGGGUACGCUGCCACAGCAUCGCGUGACCAAGCUUGCACCGAGGGAACAGAGUGAGGAGGACCUGGCUGGCCUUUUUGAACACUCCAUGAAGGUUUACUGAGGUGGAGAAGUGGUGAAUGGUGAACAAAAGGUGUGCUGUAUUGUUGGGUAUAGUCUGACAGCUAACACACAUGUAGAUAGGGUAUAUAUUAGUGUAUGGUAGAUGUAUGUUUAGAUUUGUUGGCUAAGAGAGCUGUAUAACUUUGUAUAAGACUUAAGUAUUCUCUAAAACAUUCAAAUAUAUAAUGUUUUUGUGGUAAUAUGUUUCUGUUAUCAUUCCUUAUUGUUUAGAUUGCUUUACUAACAUUUGGGUUAACUUAUGUUAAAUUUAUCUAUUCUGUUACCUUAGUCUUCCAAACCAUUCAGAUUUAUAACAUUUUUCUAUGACACUCACUCCUUAUUGCUUGGUUUAGUUUACUGACAGUUUGUAAUUCAGAUAAAGUUAUAUAAAACAAAUUCACUAUUACUUAAAUCUUCCAAACUCCAACUUUUAUCUCUUUAUCAGAGGGUUAAGUCUUAUGUCUUAUCAUCCACACACACCGAGCCAUCCACAUUAUCAGUGCAAUUAACUUUAGUGCCAAAAUGUGCUGUAUUUACUUCUGUAUUCAUAUAAGCAAAACCAGAUAAUGUAUAUUUUUUUGGUCAUAUAUAUACAAUUUUUACCAUUAA